AUGAAAGUCCCUAGCAACAAGGGCUCGAGUGGUAUCAGAGAAUGCAUCCAAUACAUGAGAAGUCCGAAUAUCAAACUGAGUUAUCGUCGUAUACAGUUGUCUGGAAGGACUAGCCUUCUCCGUGUCAUGCUCUUUAAGUGCAAGGCUUGUGCCCAUGACGAAUAA